UGAAGAUGAUAAAAGAAUCUGGUAUACCGUAUGAAUGGCCGCUGCUCUCCCUCGAGAAGGAGAGCAGCGUAAAACCUAAUCUCUCUAUCUCGCAUCUAUGCUCUCCGCCUUCAAAACCUUGGGUUUCCCUAAGUUAGCCUCCUUUUAUAGGAGAAGGUGGCUAACUUAUGGAUAACAAAGAAGCUAAUGGGCUGAUACACAUUUGUGACUCAUAUUACACGUUUAACUAAUAACUACACAAAUACAAAGAUAUUAAAUUAGAUUGGACACCAUAAAAAUAUUUCCAACAAUCUCCCCCUUGGUGUUCAAUCGUGUUUAAUCAGCAUUGCAGCGCAGAUAUCUUUGUCUUUGUUGUUAUUCAGCUUCCUUUGUCUUUGAACUUGACUUCUUGAGAAGGCUUUAUGAAGAAAUCCUUGCAAUCUCCCAUUUGAUGUCUUCUUUUCAAUUUAAUCUUUGAUGCCGGGAGUUGAGGAAUCUUUUGCUUGUAAUCUUUGACUUCCAGAAGCAGCUCUUGAUCACCUUGAAUGAAGUCCGGUGGCGCCUCUAGAAUGAAUGUUCUGUUGAUUUGAAGGCGCGCACGGGAUAUGAGGAAGGUGUUCGGGAUCAUGAAGAAAGCAAAUAUGAGACCGAACCCCAAGAAGUGUGCCUUUGCAGUCCGGGGAGGCAAAUUCUUUAGGUACAUGAUGAGCGAACGGGGCAUUGAGCCGAACCCUGAAAAAGUAAAAGCAAUCAUGGACAUGGAGGCACCCAGGUCACAAAAUACAAUACGGAGAAAAAAAAGAUGAAGAGUGAGAAUCUCCCACUUCUCACUAUUUUCCGGUGAGAGCCUUGUGAACUCAGCCGUGAGCGUGGAAUUCCAGCCACACCCACACCGCAGGCUCCCCAACCAUCUUUACAUUUCUUCUAUCCUCCCCCAGUGGGAAUGAGAAUUCCCACAUAAUAGACAUCCCCAUUCCAGGUAUCAAGCAUGGAGAUACUUGAGACUUAGAACCAUCAGAAGUGGUAAUCAUCCCAGACCUCACUACUCACGCAAACCACAACCUUAUAGACCUAACUUCUACCCAGAUUUUAAACAACGGGGAUGGCCGGAACAUUACACGACUUCCGCCAGGAUUCACUAUAGAAAUUCUAGCAGAAAUAAUUUCUGGCAGGCACACAAGGUACUGGUACAACAGGAAAGGAAAAUGGCCUCAUCCGUGCGACCCCUAACUCGUCAAUCAGAACACGACAACACUGGGGACCUAGACGGGGCUUGGUACACAGUCAAACGUAGAAAUCGGUGAUAUUCCUCCCACCAGCGUAAUCCCUCCGACUUUGAAUACAGUAACACUAAUCACUUCUACUUGUUAGAUCUGGAUGAUGAAUACCCUGAGUAUCCCCCUACCAUACGCUUUUGACCAAGAAAAGGAGAACGAUAUUCACUCCUUCAGACAUCCCAAUACUUUUCAUAGGAAUGGAGGUGAAACCAAAAGAAGUUGGAACGCCUCACUAAGAGGUCGCCUGCCGCCGGUGAGGGAUGGCCGUAAUCAUUUCCAGGGCCAUCAAAAUUGGUUGUCAAUUUGGAAUCUAAUCUCUACACACGACGGUGGAAAUUUCAGCCGUAAACAGACCCAGAGACCGGCGGUCUCUUCACGUACUAUUGAGCAAGAAAUCAUGGAGGGAAUCAUCUCUCUCGACACACUCGAGACACUUGCUGUUGGGAUGGGACCUCAGAGACAUGAAGCUGAUCGUGGACCUAGUAACCUGCAACAAAAAACCAGAAAUCACACAUGGGCGGACCUCCUCAAAUAUGACAGGGCUACAAAUGGACUAAUUGGUAACAUGGAGUUGGCAGCCCCAUCUCUACCUGCCACAUCCCCCCAAAAAAAUCCAGAUAGCAUCUUAUUAAUCAAAGACAACAACUCUCGUACACCUUGUGGCAAUAGAGAGCAUGUGGAAACAACUCCUUCCUCUGAAAUUUUCUAUUUUUUGGAGAAACUGGAUUUGACUCAAUUCAAAUUGAUUCUAGAAUUUUUAAAUUCGCAGUUAAAAAAUGAAUUUUUCAUUCUCGAAUUCCAAAAAUCUAGGCUGCACAAAAUAUCCUUCAAUUCCAAAUUUGCUCCCCAAAUCAUCGGCUUUAUCUCACAGGAGCUGCUCAUUCUAAUAACAGACAGAGACGCAAAUUUGGACCUCUCAUGAUUUCUAGUGAACUCACCAAAUCUCGAAGAUUCUUGAAAAUUGCCAAGGAAAAUGGGACCUUCAUCCUGAUUCCGAUGGGCCCACAUAGGGCAUGGUUGCGUGGUUUUAUGGUCAUUUUUCAAAUUUUGUGGGACUGAUUAAUUUAGUGCAGGAGGAGGCAAUGCAAUUCGAUUACAAGACUUCGGCAGACACUGAGGAAAUCACAUCAAUUUCCAAACUAAUAUUUAAUUUUGAAGUUGAGAGAGCAUAUGCCGAGAAACAACAAUCUCCUUCUACAGAGAAACAACCCAAGGUAGUUCUAAAAUGCCUCCUGCCCGAUCUUGUCGCAGCUGUAAUGAAGGAGAUACAUGAAGGAAUCUGUUCGAGCCAUCAAGGGUCGAAGACUCUGGCAAGAAAGAUCAUCUUGCAAGGAUACUACUGGCCGACCAUCCAGCAGGACUGUUUUGCGCAUACAAGAAAAUGCAAAGUCUGCCAACACUACGCACCAGUGCCCGGACGGCCGGCAAGUUUUAUACACCAAUGACGACAGCACUACCGCUUGCUAGGUGGGGGAUCGACUUGCUAGGGCCCCUACCUACAGCACAGGCGGGGAAGAAGUACAUUAUAGUCGGAAUUGAUUACUUCACCAAGUGGCUGGAGUCCGAACCGCUGGCUAGCAUCACCGAAUUCCAGUGCCAGAAGUUCGUCUGGCAGAAUAUCAUUUGCCGGUUCGGCCUCCCCGAAUAGAUUGUUAAUGAUAAUGGCCGGCAAUUCAUGGGAAAGGGCUUAGAAUAGUAUUUAGCCAAGUGGGGAAUCAAGCAAUCCAAGGCAUCAGUGGCCUACCCCCAAGCGAACGGCCAGGUGGAAAAUAUGAAUAGGACAAUCAUGGACAGGAUAAAGAAGAAACUUGAAGAAUGCUCCUCCUCAUGGCCCAACCAGUUAAAUUACAUCUUAUGGACUUACCGAACGACUCCAAGGAUAGCUACGGGGGAAACGUCGUUCGCUCUAUCAUAUGGGUUUCAGGCCAAAGUCCCAACUGAAGUCCUGGUACCUACACAUCGGACGAUCCAUUUUAAUCCCGAACGCAAUGAAGAUACCCUACAGGCCGAAUUGCAUUUCAUCGAGAGAUGGAGGGAUCUGGCUGCAAGAAGGAUUGAGGAAUACCAGAGGGCCACCCGGAGAUAUUUCGAUAAGCAAGUCAAAAUCUGUUUGAUCGAAGUGGAGAUUUUGUCCUCACGAAAAGAGAAAAGAGCAAACCACUCAAGAGCGGGAAAUUGGCCAAGAAUUGGGAAGGCCCAUACCAAGUUUGGAAGAACUACGCUUCAGGGACGUUCGACCUCAAAACUACAGAAGGCCGUUCGGUGGGUACCUAGAAUGUUGAGCACCUGAGAAAGUUCUACCAAUAAAAAUGGUUGUUGCCGCCUCUUGAAAAAAAGGACGUUUGGCCAGUUAUUUUUUACUACUUAUUUUAUAGACUAGUGAUGGAGUAUAUGGGUUCAGACCCCAUAACCCACAUACUCAGAAGACUAAGAGGAAGCGCAGCUGUCACCCAAUGGGUCCUCCUUUGGCCAGGUGGCCCUCCAUCAGCCGUAGAAGAGUCGAUCCAGAACACGGUCCAGAAACCAAGGAGAAGAAUUGUCCUCCGUCGGCCAGUGCCCCCGUCGGCCAGUGCCUCCAUCGGCCGGUGCCCCCGUCGGCCAGUGCCUCCGUCGGCCGAUGCCCCCGUCGGCCAGUGCCUCCGUCGGCCGGUGCCCUCGUCGGCCAGUGCCUCCGUCGGCCGGUGCCUCCGUCAUCCGACGCCCCCGUCGGCCAAGCAACAGUCAGCUCAGAAUAUGGCCCACGCAGCAAUCAGCUCGGAUGGUCCUCCGUCGGGCGGUGCCUCCAUCGGCCAGGCGCUUCCUUCGGCCGAACCUCUUUCGGCCACAGAGAACUCCCAGAACCGGAUUUCAUACUUAGUUAUUUUUACACUCUUUGUACUCGGGCCAGUAGUGGCCCAAUUGUAAAUGGGCCUCCCAAGCCCAAGACUUGGGAGCCCGGCCCUAAUUUCCUCUAUAAAUACUCCCUUUGGGAACCAUGUAAAGGGUUCACAAUUCAUUAAUACAAAGCAAAUAUACUACUUCUCUCUCUAGC